UGUAGGUAUCAGGAAGUCUUGAGGCUUUAACACAGUCUGUGUUUUUCACCGUCUGUCAUUAUUCGUCAGUAUGGAGCUCAGUCAACUUCCUCUUGUGCUCUUGCUGAUUUCAAUCAUUCACUCUGGACAAACUGAAGAAAGACCAAAACCCAAAGUGACCAUUAAACCUGAUCAACAUGUGUUCAGAGGAGAAACAGUCACUCUCAGAUGUGACAUAUAUAGUGGAGGAGUCACUAGCUGGAGCUACAGCUGGUAUAAAGAAGGUUCAACCAGUUUUUUCAGUUAUCGACAAGAACACACAUUCAGUUCUGUUACUGAGUCUGACGCAGGUAAAUACUCCUGUAAUGGAUUUAAACGAUCACGCUGGUCACAAAUAAGUGAUGCAGUUACACUGACAGUAUCAG